GGCUAACAGCCUAAGCUUCCAUCUCCAUCUAAAGGGAUAUUCAUUGGUAGGAUUUCGGGAACAUAUAAAGAAACGGCCGCCACUGGCAACAUCUGAAAAGAUUCAGCAAAUUGUUAGGGCUAGGGGAAGAGAAGCAAUUGUUGCCGGAUUUUAUCAUGAUGGCUAUGAGGAGCCACUACUAAUGCUUAUGAGAAGAAGAGGUGUCCAAUCUGGUUUGGUGGUUAAGGGUGAGGAAGGGGCUCUUUCAAUGACAACAAAAUCAAGAUCAAUUCAUGCAUCAAAGGGGCUACCUGUUAAUUACUGUUCAGGCUUUCGCUCUUUGAAUGUGGUAUCUGCUGGUGCACUGGAUGGUGUGUCUCGUGAAACUUUUACCAUGGAGGUGAAUGCCAGGGACCUCGGAUUUGAGCCUAGUGAUACUCCAAGGACUGAUAGAUCGGUCUCGAGGAACCUGGAAUUGGGGUUAGCAGCUCUGGGUGGUGAGAAAGGUCCUGCAUAUGAUCGAAUUGUCCUCAAUGCUGGAAUGAUCGAUCACUUGCUUGGUUGUGAUGGUGCAGAAGAUAUAUCGAGAGCUUUGGAUAGAGCUAGAGAGGCUAUCGACAGUGGCAAGGCCCUAAGUAGGCUCCUGAAUUACAUCAAGGUAUCCAACAAAGUGAAGUAGGAGAGCCACCAAGUGUCACCUUCUUUCUUUUCCACUUUUUGUUACAUGGAUAAUUAGAAAAAGAUGAGGUAGAAUUUGUUGUUGCGGCUUUUUCUGUAGAGUACAGUCGUUUUCCUCUCUGGGGUGUACAUGAGUUUCAAAAAUUUUGGUGGCAACUUCUAAGAACAAUUACUCAACAUGUAAAAAGACGUCCAUUGUCCAGAUAUCCAUGGAGAUUCAUGCUAUUCAUUGUUUGGUGCUCUAAAGUAGCUCCUGAUUGUGCUUUUA